UCCGGAUAAUGAACAGUCAACUGUUCAGAAUGUCAACCAGCGUAUGGACCGUUGUCGUUGUGCUGUUGGUGAUUGGAAUUGCGUUUGCCAGUAGCAGUGCCAGCUACAGCAUGGUGGAUCCUCAGCGUGUCCUCAGCAGCGCUGGCAUAAGUCUCGGGGCAAACGUCGGCGGUGGCGGUACGGUCGGUGGCAGUGCGCUCAACGAGCUCGUCGACACGACGCUACCGAAACCGACGGAACUUUUGCGAAAUAUAGUCGCCAUACCAUCCGUAAGCGUAACACGUGAAGAUACCGCUGCUGACCUAACGUCAACGACACCAUCCGUGUACAAUGAAACCAGCGGCAACGCCACUGACAGCAGCAUCCUUUGGAGCAAAUACAUCGCCCGUUCCGGAUACGCGCUACCGGUGGAUCCACUGUUUGUGGCCAAAAUCAAUCCCUUCUGGCUUCAGUUCGAACCACCGUCCGCCGGUGAACAUUACGGGCUGGCCGUGUUCUACUUCCUGAUGAUGCUGUUCGGUGUGAUCGGGAACGCGCUGGUGGUCUUCAUGUUCUACAGAUACCGCUCGCUGCGUACACCAGCGAACUAUCUGGUGAUCAAUCUAGCUGUGGCGGAUUUCAUCAUCAUGAUGGAGGCGCCCAUGUUCAUCUACAACAGCAUCCACCAGGGUCCGGCUCUUGGCUCGGUUGGUUGUACGGUGUACGCGUUGAUGGGAGCACUUGGUGGAACGGUAGCAAUAGCCACACUAACAGUCAUCUCGAUCGAUCGCUACAACGUGGUCGUUUAUCCGCUCAACCCGAACCGAUCAACGACCAAGCUAAAGUGUUACAUCCUGAUCGCAUUCACCUGGGCGUACGGACUACUCUUUGCCGGCUUUCCAGCCCUAGAGAUUGGACUGAGUCGCUACUCGGCCGAGGGUUAUCUGACGGCGUGCAGCUUCGACUAUCUCGAUCGCACGUACAAGGCGCGUGUGUUCAUGUUCGUUUACUUCGUGUUCGCCUGGCUACUGCCGUUCAUGAUCAUCAGCUACUGUUACGCCCGUAUCCUUAUCGCCGUCAUCAACGCAAACGCCAUCCAGUCGAGCAAGAGCAAGAACAAGACGGAGGUUAAGCUGGCAGGGGUUGUCGUCGGCAUUAUUGGGCUGUGGUUUGCCGCGUGGACACCGUACGCGGUGGUCGCGAUGAUGGGUGUGUUUGGGUACGAGAAGCAUCUGACGCCACUCAAUUCGAUGAUACCGGCAGUGUUUGCUAAGAUAGCGGCCUCUAUCGAUCCGUACUUUUACGCGAUGAACCAUCCCCGCUACCGGCAGAUGUUGGAGCGCAUGUUCUGCAAUCGUGGUGCCGACCAGGGCAACUCGCAGUACCAAACGUCCCACUACACACGGGGUGCUUCCCGUGCUGGCGAUUCGGAUGGUGGCGGCGGCGGGGGCGAAGAGUCGGGUGGCGUUGGACGUGCACCGGGUGGUAAUACUGCUUCGAUACGGGGUGGCACCGGAAGAAGCGGACGAUUGAUCUCGGCCAAGGGUAUGGCAGGGAUCAAUGCGUGUAGCGGAAACGGUGGCGGUGGUGGUGGUGGCGGCGUCAAGGCGCUCAAGAAGCAGCUCUCGAACGGCGACGAAACGUCGCUCGAGGUAUCGCUUGAGAUGUAACAGUGCUGCCGGCGAGGAGUUCAGCUCCUUCGCGUGACGGACGACUACGAAAACAGUGCCUUCGUGUAGAGUAGCGGUAGCAACAGAAGAAGAGAAAAAAAUUCGACGACGGGUGGUAG